UCUUGAUUCGUGUUACAAAAUGGCUGAAUCUUCAGCAGUAUUUCUCGAGUAAUAACGAUGACAAGUGAUAUGCUGCAACGAUUGUAACAAAUUAGUAUCUCAUUGAAUAUCGGCCGAGAUAGUGUAAUAAGAACAAAGAAUUGCAAUAUGUUGAACGAUGUGCCGAAAAGAUUACCAAAACGUUUCGAAAGUACAGAGGCUGACGUGCGCGAGGAUGAGGAACAAACUACUAAGUUUCAAGAGAUUAUCGAUCUACUCGUUGCAGCCGGCUACUUUCGAGCACGGAUAAAAGGUUUAUCUAAUUUUGAUAAGGUGGUUGGUGGCAUGACAUGGUGCAUAGAAUCAUGUAAUUUUGAUGUCGACGUGGACUUACUUUUUCAAGAAAAUCUCACAAUUGGUCAGAAAAUCUCCUUGACGGAAAAAAUUGUAGCCAUGCUUCCUAAAAUGAAUUGUCCAUAUCGGAUAGAACCACAUCAAAUACAAGGUUUGGACUGUAUUCACAUAUUCCCAGUUAUUCAGUGGCUGGUGAAGCGUUCCAUGGAAAUGCGACAGGAAAUGGCAGGCUUUGUGAGAUCUUUUGCUCUAAAUCAGUUUCACAAGAAACAUUCAUUCAGCGAGGAUUCCGAGAUUGGAACGAUAGCUAGGGAAAAUAUGAUUAGAAAUUUAUGUUCAGUCAAGAAAGCCUAUGAACCUCGACGUUUUUUCAGACAAAAAGAGGGUUUAGUGAAAGAUGAAAACAACAGGUUUAUUGGUACAGUGUUGGAGUAUGAAGCACCUUUCGAUGCUGUUAAAAAUACAACCGCGACCACAAUAUCGACAUCGGUAGAACCUAAAAGUGGUGAUCUAAAACACGAGUCGAGUAAUGAAAAAACUGAAAAAAGUACCACCGAAGAGAUUACAGCUGCUUUAGCUGUCAUAGAAGACAAUUCGGCGCGUUUAAGUGUGAGCACAGUUGGAAAUAUCGUUGGCAUACAAGCACAGGAGAUUGCGAAAGUGGCAGAAAAAUAUGCGGCCAUGUCUACUUCUGAAGUGGAGGAUAGUGGCACAACCGAUUCAUCGCGUGCUCUGAUAGCAUUGCAGAAGCAAAAGUCAACGUUACAAUCCAGAGCUCGCAAAUUAACAAAAGAAAAAGACAGUUUGUCGGAUAAACUUACCGAAAUAGUAGAAAAAACGAAGGAAUGUCGUGCGAAGAGAGAAGCCAUUGAACGUUCGUUCAAGAAGAUUCAAGAAAUUGGAAUUAAUGAUAAUAAUAGCGUUUUCAAACGAUUGGAGGAACUUCUUUCCGUACAUGACGGAUUGAAGGAGCAGGAGCACAAUUUCCGAGAGCAAUGCAAGUCGGAUUUGAAUCUCCUUCGAGAUAUGUUACAAGAGAUCGAGGAUGGUGCUCCGGAGGAGGAGGAGGAUCGCGUCAAGGAAUACGAGGAUCAGAAGGAAGCCGUGACGCGAGUGCGACUGCAGCUGGCUAAAAAAAAUAGAACUAUCGCGUCGUUAACGAGGCAAUUGGACGAUGUUCCGGGGCGCUCGGAGCUGACGCAGUAUCAACGACGUUUUAUGGAGCUCUAUAAUCAAGUCUCGGCCAAGCAUAAGGAGACCAAACAGUAUUAUACAUUAUAUAACACCCUCGAUGAUACGAAGCUGUACCUAAGCAAGGAAUUGUCACUGCUGAACUCCAUUCAGGACAAUUACAACGAGGCUAUGGCUUCGGCGAGCGGCAAGGAGCAAUUCCUGAAACAGUUCGAAACAAUCGUUGCCGGAGUGAAACGCAACAAAGCUAUGGUGGAGAAACGAUGCGCCGACGAGAAGAAUCGCCGAGACGCGCUGAGUCGACAACUCGUUACUCUCGUGGAACAACAACGUAAAUACGUCGCGGCGGUCAGACAGCUUACCAUCGAGUGUCGUAAAAAUGAGGCUUUGUUGGCUCAACUCCGAGGUCCGUAGAUAUCCGCUCGCGUUAUUGGCGGAGAUAAAGCGCCUUUCACGCUAGCUGCGAAGUGGCUACCACCAUUUAUUUAUAGCGCUUGAGAAAAGUGAUGUUUCCGACAGUUUAAAUGUCUUUAAGCUACACAAUGUACCAUAUGAUAUAAUUUAUACUAUACGAUAUAAUGAGAAUGUAAAUAUCUUGCGUGAUACGCAAUUUCACGUAUUUGUACGUCUCGAUGCGUGUACGCUCGGAUAAGAAGGGAAAAUUAAAUUAUCCCGUUUUGCCAUUU